AGAGAGGGCGAGGGGUGAUGAUAGGCCAGCAGAGGAGGUUAAGAAAGUGGCUCGGAUAUGGGGGAGCCUGACCGGAGGCGAAGGAGGUAAGGAUGAAGAGGAUUUCGAUCUGGAAGAGUGACAUCGGUAGUCGAUUGGAGCAACGAGCAAGAAGAGAUUUUGUAACUACCGUCGAGCAGGAGACGAUUUCUUAGGAGGCCGACAGGAAUUUUCCCCACUCUCUCUCCGGUGAUCGUGGAUUUUCGAUUGCACCGCACAGCACCAGGAAGAAGAGAUCCUUGAAAUCGGAGCAGGCAGGCAGAGCGAGCGAGGGUCGGAGAACAGAGGUCACCAGGCGGAGGAGGGGAGAGACGGCGGCUACGUGGUUUCAGUGCCUUGGAGGGGGCCAGACGGAGGCGCACAAGGAGAUGUCAUUGUGGCCUAGACUACGAAGGCGGUCCAGAGGGCGCAAGAGGUCUAGCUCCAAACCGAAUCCUUACUCGAACAUCGGGCUCGACAAGCUCGCUGUAGUGCAUGCCGAGUUUGAUGCGCAGCGAGCUCUGUUUGCUGCCGAGAAAGGAGUCCCAGUAUCCGUUGUGCGUUUCAUUUCCGGAUCUCAGCGCGGGUGGACGCUCUUGCCCACAUCCGCCGUCGGUCCCGCCCCCGCCGACGCUGACCAUUACUCGUCGACCUCGUCCUCGGGUCUGUCGUCCCCGGACUGGGUCUCUGCCCCAUUUCCGGCCCGUUCCAGACCCCGUGCUCUGAAACUGCCAUCGCCCGAUACAUCCGCAAGCGAAGGAGCGCCCGGCGGCUCGGGCACAUUCCAAUUCUCGCCCCCCGAGUCUCCGAGCCCCGCCGAGAUUGAAGCUUUUGCCUCGAGCCCAAGCCCGAGCCCGAGCUCGUCUCCAGCCUCUGCGAAUGCUGGAAGGGCCGACUCCUCUGAACUCAGGAACUCGAACGUCGAGGGGAGCCUGAUCCCCGCAGAAGAGUAUCUGUCACGGAAUCCCCAGGCGGCCCACACCGCGUCGGUGUUGUUCGUCAGUCUAGGAGUGUUCUCGUCGGCCGUCGGCUUCGGAACCGCAUUCGCGUUGAUCUUGAGCAGCUGGCGAAGAGGAAGCUCGACCCUCAAGCGCAUAUUCUCGAUCCUGGCUACGCACUUGGUCUCGGCCAUUCGACCGUCUCUGCUGGUGAAGGGAUCGAGGAACUCGCUGUCUGGGAAGUCCGCCUCACUUGCGGAGGAGGAGGAGGAGGCGGCAGCGGAGGCUGAGAUGAAGGUUACGCCCGCCGCUCCAAUUGCUCCCAUUUUCUCGAAGGAGACGGGCGAUGCGGAAGUAGCGCGCAUUUCGAGCUUCGCGUUCCCGGUGCUGCCCCAAAAUAAUUCGGUGGGGACACCAAUUUUCAGGGGUCCACCGGAGAGCCACGCAUUGGUGGCAGCUCCCGAGCUGAAUCCCAUCGUCACCUCCAUCAAGGUGGUGGCCGUGUCGUCGCAGCCGGGAUCGCCCGCGUUCGACGCCAGCAAGGGAGCUCCGAAGCCAUGCCAGAAGCUCAAGGCCAGAAUUUUCAAAUGCCAUCCGCCGAGGAAAGUCACUCCGGCCACGAGCGAGAAUUCCAGCACGGAGGAGGACGGUCAGGAGACUGUACUGGAAGUGGACCCGGCUAUGGGAGCCCACAACGGUUUGACCGAUUCGCCCCGCGAUUCGCCUCGAUGCAAGAGGUUGUCGUUCAUACGGAGGCGCGCCAAGAGCAAGAAGGGCCUGGAGUCGGACGAGCAGAGCGGGCUCUCGGCCGAGAGCGAAUUCGAGGAUGUAUCGUCGCCUGUGACGAGAGUGGUGGCCGUGCGGGCCUCCAGGUCGCAGGAGAUUCUGGCCUCGAGAAAUCCCAACAGCGAUGCUGCCGCCCCGAGCAGCCGCCUCAAGGUGUCUCGGUCGCAGGAGCUCAAGCAGUCCUUAAGGAAUUUGAAGCACAAGAUUAAAUCCCACGAGCUGGCCGCCCCGUCGGCUGCCACCGCCCCAGAGAUGCCGCUGGAGAGUGCCGCCGUCGAUUUGCACAAGAUGGCCUUCCCCUUCAAGCACGACGCGGAUUCGUCCAAUUGCUCCAGUCCCACUACGCUCGGCCCCAACAGCAGCAGCAAGGCCGAGAAGAGGCGAGGAUCCUCGAAGUGCCUGCUCAGGAAGCUGUCGAACGAGUCUGACAAGUCCGGAGAGUUGGGCCCCGCAUCGCCCAGGAGCACUACCAUCUCGCAGACGUCCACUAAAUUGUCCAAAUGCAUGACAGCACAGCCUUCCAGGAUGACCACGGAGAGAACCUCUACCAUCGACUGCAAACCGGAGCUGCGCAAGGUGAAGACCACUGUGGCCAGGAUGCCUCUUCCAGCCGAUCACGGGGAGCUAGCGCGGAGCCCCGUGCUGGACCGUGAGACUUUGGGUGCUCUCCUGGUCCUGGCAGUUUUGGGAUUUCUGCUCCUCGGCAGGAUCCCUGCCAUUCUUGGUACAGCAUGCUUGUGUCUAGUGCUGUCGCAUGUACAGAAAUUCCUGUCACAUAAUUUGACUCCUCGAGAGAAGGAGCGAUUAGCAUCCAAAAGCGGCGUGGGCGCGGGCGUGGGAUUGUCGAGGCUCGGCGGCUCGAGCCCUCCGAAUUCGCUCGGACAGGGCAACCCGGUAGUGGAUGUACAGUCGAGCGAGUACCGGAAGAAGGUGCUACUCGAAGGCUUUCUCGACAGGGGAAAUCGAAGGAACUGAUCGACAACUGACUGGCAUAAGCAACGAUUUUUUGGGGGAUAAUUUCUUACCCCUUCCGAAGUCGGUCCGAAAUGCGGACGACGAGGACGGCACGCAACUCUGCUUGGUCUGACUCUGCUUUAGUCUUGGAUUGUCUAAAGUUGGCUUUAGAGCACCGCCUGCAGCAGCGGAAGAAGAAGGACGGACUGCAAGGGUUGGAGUGGUUUGCGGGAAUACCUACGAGGCGCAGCAUGAAUGUACAAAUGCACAAAAGUAGUGUAACGUCACACCCACAGCGAGCAUUGCCCAGCAUCCUCUCACUGCCAGUCCCCCCUCUCUCGAACUACGCGAACGGAGAAGGUGGCUGGAUCGAGAACUAUGGCGGCCACGUUAUCCAUCUUUCGCAAGUGAAGGAUGAGGAGCCUGGUGUUGUGCAACUGCGUCAAAUCCCGUUACAACAUCUCGAUAAACCUUUUUUUUUUAUGAAUCAUCCGAGAUGCUCUGCAAUGCUGUUGCUGUUGUUUGCCCCGGCGAUGACGAGGAGACUAACCUCACGACAUAGAAGCCGAUCAUACCCGCCAGUGGGGUUGGAUCGGCCUGGCUGCGGUGGAUUGAUAUGAUACAAGAGAGAUAUAGCGCUUCGAUGUGGGGAAAAGGCCGAAGGAGGGCGGGAAGGAGUAGUCCUGUUUCUAGCUAGGUACCUGAUAACUUGACCCAAUUAUUUGUUUGGGUGUUCAUGAAUCACAACAUCAACAUGAUACUGAAGCUUGAAGCCUCCUUGAAGCCAAGCCUUCAUGUUCAAAGCCCUGGAGUGUAUAAUUACUUGAGAAUUUGCAUUUGCACCCAUUUUUGUGUACAGAUCUGUCUGCCUCCCAUUUGCUGUGACAAUAACUAUUCAAUUGGUUACCUGGUGUUUACUGUGCGACGAGUUAAGUCCAACUUUUCGCUCGUUGGUAGUUGUUAAUAAGCUAUCCAUAAGCUAUCCAUAAGCUCACCUUUGGCAUAAGAUAGCAAUUUAGUCAACCAAUCAACCGCACGUAGAUGAUCAGCAGGGUAUUUUUAAUUGAGCCUUAGAGUUGGUGUGUUUAGAGUUCACGACCGACCGAAUUUUACUGCCCAGCCCAACUUUAGUUGGGCUCUUGUUAUCCUAAGAAAACGAAGCUGUGAACCUUGAGUGAAUGAGAUUCUGGCGUUAAAGUUUCUCUCUUCACAUUGGACUUGUAUUUAAUCCUUUGGCCUCCACUUCGUUAUCUGAGAGGAGAGUAUGCUGGGAUCAUUCGCUACUGAAUCUGGGGCGUCAACUGUCAUCGUAGAUGUU